CCUCCCAAGACUGCGGCCCCGCUCGGCCUCAAGGGGGCAGAGCCUAGCAAGCGGGCAAUUUCCCGGGCCCGCCCCCCUCGGUUCUCGAAAGCUAGAGCGUGGCAGGGGCCGGGCCGGGGAAGCGGAGGAGGCGGGUCUCCAUAGAAACCUCCACCUGUUUCCGGCCAGGCUGUGCAAGAUUAGGGGCUGCUGCGGGGGCCAAUCUCAGCCAGCUCGCCUUUUCCCGGCGGCCUCUGCGGGAGCGGUGGGUGUUGUACACAAUCAUCAUGGCGGCGGCCGGAGCCCCGGAUGGCAUGGAGGAGCCUGGCAUGGACACGGAGGCCGAGACCGUGGCGACCGAGGCGCCCGCGCGGUCCCUCAACUGCGUGGAGGCCGAAGCCGCGGCGGGGGCGGCGGCCGAGGACUCCUGCGCAGCGCGAGGCAGCCUUCAGCCGGCCCCGGCCCAGCCCCCUGGGGACCCCGCGGCCCAGGCCUCGGUCAGCAACGGCGAGGACGCGGGCGGCGGCGCGGGCAGGGAGCUGGUGGACCUGAAGAUCAUCUGGAACAAGACUAAGCACGACGUCAAGUUUCCCCUGGACAGCACGGGCUCCGAGCUGAAACAGAAGAUUCACUCGAUUACAGGUCUCCCGCCUGCCAUGCAGAAAGUCAUGUAUAAGGGACUUGUCCCUGAGGAUAAGACAUUGAGAGAAAUAAAAGUGACCAGCGGGGCCAAGAUCAUGGUGGUUGGCUCCACGAUAAAUGAUGUUUUAGCAGUAAACACACCCAAAGAUGCUGCCCAGCAGGACGCAAAGGCCGAAGAGAACAAGAAGGAGCCCCUCUGCAGGCAGAAACAACACAGAAAAGUGUUGGAUAAAGGAAAACCUGAAGACGUGAUGCCGUCUGUCAAGGGUGCUCAGGAGCGCCUGCCAGCUGUACCAUUAUCUGGCAUGUACAACAAGUCUGGCGGAAAAGUAAGGCUUACCUUUAAGCUAGAACAAGACCAGCUGUGGAUCGGCACUAAAGAGCGGACUGAGAAACUGCCCAUGGGUUCCAUUAAAAACGUGGUCAGCGAGCCCAUCGAAGGGCACGAGGACUAUCACAUGAUGGCGUUUCAGUUGGGCCCCACGGAAGCCUCUUACUACUGGGUGUACUGGGUUCCAACUCAAUAUGUGGAUGCAAUCAAAGACACUGUGCUGGGGAAAUGGCAGUAUUUUUGAAAGCACUUUCACCUCUGGCCCAGGAGACUGACCCAAAGUGAAGGACAUUGCUGGGAGAGGCCUGCAGCAUCCCUGGAUUUCAGAGUUCUGGAACUUUGUUCAAAAAUAUCUAUAUCCAAUCUGAGGUGAUGUGGUGACUGAAGCCAGAGGUGAUGUACUUUCACCAUUAGCUUAAUUUUAACUUAAAAUCACCGGUUCCCUUUCUUGCAGUCAGCUUCAUACCAUUUUUAAAAGUCAAUACGGUGGAAAUCAAUAAAUCUGAAUUCUGAACAUGUUGUGUGGAAUACUCUUAAGUGUGUUUGAGAGUAGAUCUACCAGUUGUGUUUAGAAAGGAAUGAUCAAAAGCUUUCUGGUUUUUUGGUUGUUUUUUUUUAAGUGAUUUCACCUGAAAUAUUUUCAUCUCUUUGGUUGCAAACAUUUGGACUGCGUUGUGAUGAGUUGUGGGUGGGUUUUUUUUUUUCCUUUUUCAUAUAAAAUUGUAUGCAAAAUGUGGGGGUUAGUAAGCCAUAUUUCUCUGUCCACUGGUUCGGAAUGAAUUCUUUCCCUUUUUACUUUCUCACUUCCUAGAUGGGAAUUUUUGUUUCUGAAAACCCAAAGAUGUCAGUUCCUCCUUUUGUACCUCAUCACCACUUCCUUGCCCGGCCUCCCUCCCGCCACGCUGCUGCUCAUGAAUGCAUGGCAGGAGAGGAAGAGCCAGGGGUCUGGUCGGGACGCUCACACAGGCUCUGGUAUACGCUGAGCAGCGGAGUGUGUCCCAGCAGCUCCGGUCUGAACAUCUUGCCCUUUGGGCCCCAAUCUGGGGAGACGGCACUGCUGCUUUGACAGUUGCCUGUGGCCCUUGCUGAUUUGGCUUUGAGGCCCAGCUUGGCAUGGGUGUGCCGACAGAGGCCCCUCUGAGAGGAGCCAGGUGGAAGCCAGUUAUACAGCCAUACAGCCACAGACCCAGAUCCUCCUUUCUUUAGAAUUUUUGAGAAAUCCUUCAGCAGUCCAAUGAUUCUUUCAGUGACGCGUCUGCAUUUGGUCCUUCUCAUGCAUUAUGUUCAAGUGUCCUUCAUCCCAGGUUUAGAGAUGCUGCCUUUCUCAAGAAGUUAUCUAACCUAGUGGGUUGGCCAAUGGAUUUCAACAUCGAAAACGGGAUAAACGGCUUUCGUGAUUAGCUCUCCCUCUUCCGGGUUUAGCCCUUAACGUCCUUUGUCCACGUGAAGUUCUGUCGUCUCCCAGUGGUUUGGUUGACUCUGGAACGAGGGACAGUCUCUUGGUGAUUGAUACCCUUUGUGCUGUUCGCUGUUGCUCUGCUGCUGUCUUUGCGAUUCUCCUCUCACUGGUGCAGGCCCUCAUAGUAAGGUUUGGCAAGAGAUGUCCCAAACUUCACAUUCUGGAUUCUAGACUGUUAGCCUUCUUUCUGUGAGAUGUAUUAGCAUGUGUUCGCCUAAGAUGACUAUUCCUUGUGAGCCAGUUCAUGGUGAUCUUCCGCGCCCUUCCCUUCUAAGCCGUAGUUCAAGAAUCCAGCCCAUCCAGACCGACUCUUGCUUUUCGUGGUGUCGUCCAUGCCAGGUUACGGAUCUAGGCAGGAAAAUCUCUUGCUUUUCUGGGGGGCACAAGUUUGUCUGGGAAGUGUAGCAUCCAGGAGACGGCCUGUUUUCCACCCCUUGCAAAAGGAUCAGUACCUGCAGCUCUUCUGUCCUUGUCAGCCCGCAGUCCCUGGAGGAAAGAGCAUGUCUUUCCCUCUUGUGGAAGCUUCGCUCUGCAGUUGACAGGCCUCGUGAGCUCGUGGAAUGGCAUCGCGGUUUGAAUGCUGCUCUUUCCGUUGGCCAGCCUGCCUGUCCCAGAGGCUUGUCCUGACAGUGCCAUACACCCGCUCUUGAAGCAGGCGUCCUGUCCCCGUUUCGCGGGGCUGCUCCCCAAGGCCCUUGCCACCAGGUUCCCCCCUCGCCCUGCUCGGGCGGCUGCCUCCCGCCACGUGACGCCCCUUCCUCCCAGUGACGGUGUGCGUCCGGACUCCCUGCUCCCCAAGGGCCAAACCGCUUCUCGCUCAGGCUGGUGUCGUCUCAAAACAGGACCAAAGCCUGUGUGAGCCUUUUUAUUUGAAGUAAAAAUGGUGCUUUUUUCCUUACUUGGAGAUCUUCUAUAUAAAUACUGUAAAUGACAUCUUUUCGUAUGGACCUGUUCGAGCGUUGCUUUCCAGAGCCCACGAACUGUGCUGGCCCGAUCUUGGGCUCUGGCCGCCCCGUCCCUGUGGAGCCCUUGCGGGAAGCCCCGGCGAGCAGAGGAGCCGCCGGGGCAGCGUCUGGUGAGAGCCGUGCCGGGGUCCCAGCAGCGCUCACUAGUCUGUUAGUCGGCCCCUGAGCGGGCUCGUCGUCAGCUUCUUACGGUCCAGGAUGUACUGACUAAAUCUGUGUUAGCAAAUUCAGACACUCCUUCCCCUUCGCGGUGUUCAUUCUCCCUCAGGCUUCUCUCCGCGCGGAGUCCUCGCUGGGGAGGGGCCAGGACCCCUUGCGGGGCUCUGAGGGCGGGCAGGGGCUUGAGGCUGCCUUCUCUCGUGGAGCUGGCAGCCCUUUCGCAGGACAACAAGCCUUUCCUUCCCUCCCCUCCGCCACUUGGCAGAGUAGGGACAAGGUAUCCCUGCCGUCAGCUCUGUUUCAGUCAGCCUUUUCAGAAAACUGAGAGAGAUGGUCUCAAGACUUGGUCCAGCUCUUUGGUGUUCAGUAUUCAACUGUUUGGUAUUCAGUUUUAAUCGAUGAUGGGCCUUUUGCAAGUAGCGUCAGCUCUUUUUAAAAAGAAAGUCAAGCUGAGCUAAGGGUGCACUUUGCCAUAUCGUGGACGUGGUGGGCCAGGUGAGGCCUCUGUAGGCUCCUGCUUUCCAUGACGAGGGCCAGGGAGACUCCGUUCACCACUCAGUUGCCGGAUCUCAGCUGGGACGGGCUGCCUUGCUUCUUACUCUCCCUUUCACCAGGUGCCUGGAGGAACGGUCCCGGGUGCUCACGCUUGGCCCGCCCUCUUUGCCAGAGGCAGGACCCUGUGUGCCAAGGGCGGCUUGCUUUCCACCCCGUCCUCUGAGGCCGCCUCUUUCUCUCCUUGCCUGUUGUCUUGGAAAGGAUAGUCCUUUGUCUUCAGGCUUUGUGAUCAAGUCAUCUUAGGACUGGCACCUGUUCCCUUCUUCUCGGGGCCUGGUGGCCUUUCUGAAGUCGCAGGUGGUCGGGAGCCCUCCAGUGCGCGUGACAUCUGGUCAGUUGACCUGCCAGGCUGGGUGGUUCUACUGCUUUCUGAAUUUCUAAGAAUCUCUUUCUUUCCUGACGAGUUCUGCAGAUUUAUUUGACAAUGUACGUAAGUACCAUGUUUCCCUUGUGGUGUACACUCUGUUCUGGUUUUGUUUUUAAUCAAAUGCCUGUUUGGGAGGAGAUGAACGUAUUUAGUCUAUUAGAUUUGCGCUGCUGGAAAAUUUUUUUUUUAAAGUGUAACCUUGACUAGCUGUCUUAUUAUUGUUUAUCCUGUAAGAUUAGUCUAUCAAUUAAAGUUUGAUAAUUAA